UGGGACACACGGACACGGCGGGGCCGGAGCCGCCGCUCAUGAAUGAACUCCAGCAGCAUUUCCCUUUUUUAUGAAUGGGAGCUCGGUUGUGAAUGAACGGCGCGGCUCUGCGAGCUGAUUGGUCCUCCGGGGAAGAAGCCACGCCCACCGCCGCGGGGUGCCGGCCGAGGCGGGCGCGGAUUGGCGGGCGGAGCUUCAUUCACAAAUCCGAUGGAACAAAGGAGUGGGCGAGCCGGGCCCGGGAGCGCGGGGCCGCAGCGGGGCCGGGCCCGGGCCCACGGCGGGACCGGGGCGCGCACGGGGCGGCUCCGCCGAGGGCUCCGCCGAGGGCUCCGCGUGGGCCGGGCCCGGCGCUGAGAGGCGGCUCCCCACGGGACCCGAGCCGAGCGGGGCUUCUGUCCCGGGGGUUCGUCCCGGCCGGGCUCGGUCCCGCCUCGCGUUCCGAGUUUCGGCAGCAGCGAGGCCGCCCCCGCCUCUCCCGGGCAGCGGCAGCGAUCGCGGUCCCGCCGCUCCUGCGGGUCUCGCCCGCGGUGCCCCCCGAUGCCCGAGCAGAGCGCCCGAGGAGGAUGAAGGGGUACCCGGACCAGCAGGUGCCGUUCACCUGCCCGCAGCCGCCGGGCCGGGCCGGAGCCGCGCCGGGCGCUGCCGAGAGCCGCGGGGAGCCGGGGCUGCCGCCGGAGCACGACUCGGAAGAGCUCUUCCAGGACCUGCGGCAGCUCCAGGAGACCUGGCUGAGCGAAGCUCAGGUUCCAGACAGUGAUGAGCAAUUUGUGCCUGACUUCCAUUCAGAGAACUUAGCUUUUCACAGUCCUCCUGCUAAGAUCAAAAAGGAGCCCCAGAGCCCCUCGGAGCCCCCCCUGUCCUGCAGCCACGAGCAGCCCUUCCAGCAGGAGCAGUGUCUGUAUGCCAGUGCCUAUGAGCAGCCCAGGCAGUCCCCCAGCCCAGGAGCCCUGAUCCAGCCACCCCUGCAGUUCUCCAGACAGGACAGGAGCUUCCUGAGCCCUGCAGGGCCACCCAGCUCCAGCUGUGGAUACCUCAGUGACAGCAGCUCUGCCUAUCAGCCCCAUGUGGAGAUGUGCCACCCCUUCCCACCCUCCCAGGGCAUGGCCCAGGAAGACCCUGCUGCCUUCCAGUGCCAGCUGCCCAAGCCCUGCCUGCAGUGCCCUGCCCAGGGCUUCAAGCAGGAGCAGCAGGACCCACAGUACGAGCAGGCACAGCAGGCACAGCAGGCACAGCAGGCAGGCAGGCAGCAGUACCCAGCGGCUGUGGUGGUCAAGCAGGAGCAGCUGGAUUUCAUGUACGACUCAGAUGUUCCUGACUGUUCUUCCAUGUACAUAAAUGCUGAGAGUUACCCAAGCCACUCAAACACAGAAGAUACUCUGGGCUGCAGCUAUGACAAGCAGAUGAGGUCCUUUACUGAUGAUGUCUGUGUUGUUCCAGAGAAAUUUGAAGCAGGAGACAUCAAGCAGGAAGGUGGAGGGUACCGGGAGGGACCCCCCUACCAGAGACGGGGGUCGCUCCAGCUCUGGCAGUUCCUGGUGGCUCUGCUGGACAACCCCACUAAUUCCCACUUCAUCGCCUGGACUGGCAGAGGAAUGGAGUUCAAGCUCAUUGAGCCAGAGGAGGUUGCCAGGCUCUGGGGGAUUCAGAAGAACCGUCCAGCCAUGAACUACGACAAGCUGAGCCGCUCCCUGCGCUACUACUACGAGAAAGGCAUCAUGCAGAAGGUGGCUGGGGAGCGUUACGUGUACAAGUUCGUGUGUGAGCCUGAGGCUUUGUUCUCCAUGGCCUUCCCCGAGCAGCCGCGGCCGGCGCUGGCGGCGGAGCUGGAGCGGCAGGGCAGCGAGGAGGACACGCUGCCCCUCUCCCACCUGGACGAGAAGGGCUCCUACCUGCCAGACCUCGGGGGCUUCCCUCCACAGCUCUACAGCAAAGGCUACACGUUCUAGCCCUGUGCACAGAGGGAGGGGGCUGGUUGGUGGCCAGCAUUCGUCCAGGCCAGCACUCCGUGCUUGGUCAGGACAAGUGUUCAGGUACUCGAGUGGGUGAUGAGCUCCCAGCAGCCAGGGCUCCUGUGUGCCUGUGGUAAAACUCUCACUGUGUCAGCACGGGCACAUUCUCAGCUGUGCAGACAUCCCAGCAGCACAGCAGGGAAUUGGUGCCUCCAGAUGUGUCAAACACUUGUCAAACCCCUCUCGGUGCAGAGGGAGGGGAUGCUGCCCACCAGGAUUUCCUUUCAUGUAUGAGAAUGUGACAAUGUAUGAGAAUGUGACAAUGCUGCUGCUGACUCCAUUCCUCAGCACCUGUCCUGAAGCUCUGUGUGACCUGCUUCCAGCUCUGACCAGAGGAACUCCCUCUCACAGGCCAGCUAAGCCUUCUUCCCACCAUGGCUGCAGGACAAUGGUCACAGAUCUUGUGCCUUCCUUGAGGAAUACUCAUUUCUUGCACGUGCAUGCUCCUGCCUUAUCACCCCUGUGCUCAUGCCAGGAGUUUCUGGUAUUCAGGCUCUGAGCAGGGUGGGGGGAGGCCUUGGCCAGGAUUUCAGCAGUGCUGGAGUCCAGGGCCCAAAGCCAUUUAGGGGAGUGACAGAGGAUUGGUCUGGGGCACAGGUCAAAGCCAGUGCCUCGUUCAGGUGGAGGGACUGUGGGAAGCAGCAAGGCCUGAGACACAGCUCAGUGCAGAGUUGUGGCUUUUAUAAACCGAAAAACUUCUUCAACAAACGCUCUCAGGAUAUUUGAAGAGCUGCCAGGCUCUUGACUGUGCCUGUCCUGGGCUUGGCAUGAGAAUUGUCUGAGGCAAGAGAAGAACCUGGUGGAGGUAUGAUUAAAAAAUGCUAUAUAAAGUAACCUAAACCAUACACAGAUCUCAAUAGAGGAAUUCAGACUUAAACUCCACAGAUAUUUGCAUGUUUGAGGGGAAUUUGAAUGUGUUGAAAAGGCAGCUCCCUCUGCAGCCCAAUGCAGCACAUGCAACUUAACUAAAGUGGCAGGUUUUCCACAACAGUAAACCUUUAUAAGGGCCUGAUUAAGAGGUGUUUAAUUCUUUAAUUAGCAGCCCCACCACGUUCCCAGUUAGACAAGGAGCAGUACACUGUACCCAUACAGAAAAAGUCUGUUUGCACUGUUUCAGCUGCUGAACACAGAGCAUUGCCAAACCUGUCAGCACGGUAGCCUGUAGAAAAAAUUCUGUAUAUUGACUGAAAGCCUGAUUUCCCCUGCUGCCUCUCCCCUGCAUGGCUACUGCCAACCCUGCCAGCCUUGUCCCUGAGUGCAAGAGCCCUGAAAGGCAGCACUCCCUGCCUGAGGAGAGGCCACACUCAGAGCAGGCUGCUCUGCUGCUGCCUUUGCAGGCCCUGGGCAGAGCCUUGGUGCUCUGACAGCUCCUGCCCCUCCUGCCUUGCCCUGCUCCUGCCUGGCCAGCACGGCUCCUGUGGUGUCCCAGAAGUGAGGGUGAAGGGGAACCCUUCCCUUGGUAUAAGCUGCCUUUACUGAGUGUAAAAAUGCUAUAAUUAAUAAAUUGGUCGGUCUUUGGCCAGUACAACUUCACUGAUUGGUCCUCCUUUACCUUCUGAGCUCGCUUUGCACCUCCCCGUGGCACCAGCUCACAGCUUUGAUAUCCCCAUCUGCAGGAUUCCCAAGGAUUUUACAUUUAUCCAGUAUCCUUAGGGCUACCCCUCUGCCCUUCCUUCCAGAAUUCAGGGAGUGAGUUCACACAUUUCAAUGCAAUUUUAGCUGUACCUUUCAUUCAGGUUUCUCAAGUCAGGGCAACAGAUCAACAGCCACAGGGGAGUUCCAGGAAUCAGCAAGGCAACAGUGACCUCCAAAGCUCAGAGAUUUGUAAUAACCCAGAUCACAGAGCUGGGAGUCAAUAAAUACACUCAGAUCAGUUAGACUGAGAGGCAGCUGGUACAGGAGUAAUAGACAGGAGUCCUGAAGUUCUGCUGGUCCUGAAAACACCCAGGAGCUUCUAGGAGGGACAUAAACAGCUCCCACACAACUCCAUAAAAGCAUAAAACAACUCCCACACAACUCCUGCAGAAGCUGCCAGAAGUCAGAGACUAAGCAAGAACCAGUCCUCAUUCCUAAGCACCUCACCUACCCUGCCUUUUAAAUCCCCCCCAGGGUGGUGGUUACUCCACCACUGCCCUGUGCCAAUGCCUGACAACCCUUUCUAUGAAGAAUUUUCCCCAAUAUCCAGUCAAAACCUCCUCUGGCACAGCUGGAGGCCAUUUCCUCUUGGCCUAUCACUGGUUGCCUGGGAGAAGAGGCCAACACUCAUGUGGCUCUAACCUCUUGUCAGGGAGUUGUAGAGAAAGUCCCUCCUGCAGCUCCUCAUCAGACUUGUGCUCCAGACCCUUCUGAGACAGAUUAAAUUAAUGGCUCAAUGUUAAAAUCAGCCAAGGGCUUUGCCCAUUGUAGCCAACUGUGCAAAGAAUCAACUGCACCAAAGCCCACCCCACACCCCACAAGAAGAUUCCUGACAGCAACUUAAGAUAAAGAUGGCACUAUUUAUUGUCCAGUUAUCUCAGGGCUAAGGAGAAGUUAACAAGGCUGGGGGAGAAGAAUGUAGCCACAAGGAAAGCCCAACCCAGCAGCUGUGCUGAGAAUUGGAUCUGACUGGGUUCAGCAGGGGUGCAGAGCCCAGACUCAUCUGCUGUGGCCAGGUUUGCACGUUCUGUCCCCCAGGCAAAGGGGGGCAGUUUUUGAGUGGGAUUCCCAAGCUGUGGUGCAGAGGGGUGAACACCAUCCCCUGGCACAGGCCAGGUGAGCAGCAGCCCCUGCAGAGCCCUCCCUACACAAACUGGCUCUGCUGUAGGACACACUGCCCGAGCCCAGGUCACCCUCACCCGGGACACGCAUGUGAGAGGCACUCCUGGAAGGGAUCACAACUGAUCAAAGGCUCCCCAAAGUGCCCCAGACUCACUGCUGAAGACUGCACAGGAUCGACAAGUGCUGCAAGAGAACCAGGCUUUGGUAAGACAGUGCAGAACUGUCCCCCAGCAGGAAGGAGCAUGGGCAUUCCCAUCUACACCUGCACGUUCUACUUCAUCUGUCUGUCACUCUCAUUAUCUCACUCCCCAAUUCUCCUUUUCCUAUUUAUUUCUCUCUCUCUUUACCUCAUAUUUGCAGUUAAAUAAAAUCCAUACUAUUGACUUCAGCACGUGGUCUCAUUUGCAUCUCAAUUUGGAUCAUAACACCCUGCCCAUCCCUGGCAACCUUCAGCAUCUCAACAUCCCUUUUGUAGUGAAGGGCUCAGAACUGGGCACAGGAUUUGAGAUUUGGCCUCAGCAGGGCCACACUGCUGCUGGAGCUGUGAGCUCCUGGAGGCUGUGCCUGCCUUCCUCAGAGAGAGCAGCUGCACAGAGACAUCACUGUGCACCCCAGCUCUGCUCAGGAUGGUUCUCCAGGCCCCAGGGGAACUGUGGAAAGGAUCAAGUGAGAAGGCAAAGCAGGAGAGAGGAAGGUGUCUCAGGGGAGUGUACAGCUGGAAGAGUUUGUGCCUGAGUUCUUCUGAGCUUUGGCUUUAUGGCACCUGUUUCCUUUUCCCUGAAUUAGCUUUAAGCAUGUUCUGGAGGCACUUCCAUUCCUGCCCUUUUUGCUUUGACUCUGAGUCCAAACUUACAAACUUUGUAAUUCCCUUUAAUUUUAUGAUACAACAUGAGGGAAAGCUCAGGACAUUUAACAACAUCCCUGCUCACCUUUGUACAGAUAGGUAUUUCCAACAUAGCUACUUUUCAGUGUGAAAAUUCUUCCAAUUCACUGUGUAAAACAACCAGUCAACUUAAUUCUCUUCGUUUCAACAAUAAUUUUAGCAAAUGUUCCAGCUUUGGAAAAAAAAUAAGUUUUCUGCAGCUAUGGAGUCAAUAAAUUUCAUCUGUUGGCAACAAAAAAGUAUUUUACAGGUAGUUUGGGCACAGCAUAGCACAGGCUGGGCAGUGACCAGAAACAAGAAACUGUUACACAAUUUUUACAGACAUUUUAGCUGUAAGAGCUCACUCUGUUACAAAAAAACAACAGCUGUGAUGUGCUGUGAUAUCACCAAAGAGUCUAAGUGAAAAUAAAGCACAUGGCACAUUGCAUAAAAGGUCUCACCACUUACAUUUGCAGAUGGAGCUGUGCUGCAGAGGGGAUGUGGUAAUUACUGGCUGAUAAACUCUUCAGCACCCAGGAGAUGCAGUCUGACCUGUGCCACUGUCAAAAUAUAUUCUAGCUGGUUUGCAAGAAUUUUUCCUGCCUUUCUCCUUCCAUCCCAAAGCCAGAGAUACUAAAUAUCUCACCAGAGAUGGCGUAAAUAAAAGACAAAAAGUUACACUGAAUGGGAAAAUGCACAAACUUGGUAAAAUAGAGGACAGGCUGCUCCCAAAAGGCAGUCACUGACCAAGAAUGUUAAGUAGAAAUAAAUCUCUUUUAGCAGGGUAAAGACACAAACUAUUCCAGCUUCCAUUUGUCUGGUCACUCAGAACCCAGUCAGGCCGGUGAACAACCCGUUUUAAGUCACUAUUUUUUUGUGCUGUUCACCUCAGUACCCAGAGUUUUGAGUCUUAGAUUUUGUCUUUUAAAAAAAGAAAUCACUAAAGUGCUCCAAGACCCCUCCUGAGAGGCUGCAGCAGC